AAGAAGCAUGGGUGGCACCAUCCAGCUUUCGUUAGUGUAAAGUCCUUCAAAAUGAUUAAUUUACGUUGUUUCAGGUACACGUAUUCUUGUGUUGAAUAGUAAAUCGCAUUACAUGUCAUUCAAAAUUUAAUAUACACUGUAAAUAGUUCAUGGUGGGUCGAUUGAUUAUUUAAAGUUCUUAAACCCCGCGUGAAAACCCCCUGGAGUCUCGGUCCACUUGCUCCCCUAUUUUGAAUACACAUACAUGUGUUUGUAAGUACUGGCAGUAUAUCUAAGGGAAACCAAAAGCAGCACACGCGCUCGGAACAGAAUGGUUGACUUUAAAUUCCAGGUAACCUGAGAAAGAAAAACACGUUGAAAAGACGGAAAGUAAAAUUCGGAGGUCUUUGUGAUGGAAACUAAAACCAUUCUAAUUCUCCUGGCAACAGUUUUAGUGUACGUCGCGAUCGGAGGGGCCAUUCUUUACGGGAUUGAACACACCAAUGAACAACAAACACAGGCAUCCGCCUCUACUACAUUCUACAAUUUCUCAGGAUCUGUCACUAGCUGUGUGACCACGGACCAGGUCCGACAGUUUGUCCAGGCCAUUGUCCAGGCGUAUGAUGCAGGAGUCCUAGUGACAGACACAGAAACCUCCGCCUCGCAGUGGGAUUACAGUAGCUCAACGUUCUUCGCGAUGACCGCCGUCACCACAAUAGGCUAUGGUAACCAGACACCGGCCACGAGUGGCGGGAAAGCUUUCGUCUGCAUCUUCGGAUUGUUAGGGAUACCGAUGGUAGCGCUGCUACUCUCUGGAAUGGGCGAAAAAUUAGACGGACUUUUAAAACCCUUAAAAGACAAAGUGUUUAUACAGAAACACGAGAUAGUAGAUCAGUUGGUCAAGACGCUGAUUUUGAUAUUAUUAAUAAUCACUGUGAUGUGUUUUAUUCCGGCCGCCAUUUUCUCUGCAAUUGAAGAUUGGUCGUAUGGGGAUGCCUUGUACUAUACAAUCAUCACGCUGACGACAAUUGGGUUUGGGGACUUCGUUAUAGGGACUGCUGAUUCUGGGUACCGUAUACCGUACAAACUGCUGAGUAGUCUUUGGAUUCUGAUAGGCUUGGCAAGUGUGGCGAUGCUUCUGUCAAACGUGCAGGACCUGUACAAGAGAAUUUCGCUCUCGAGAGAAAAGGCAUCUCCCAAGGACGACCCUGACGACACUUCAGAUAAAGACAAACAAGAAAACUCUAAAGAGGAUAAAGACCCAGUGAAAGCCUAGGGGAGACAACCCGUCUUCACCACUGUUACACUGACUGGGAAUUUUAAGAGAUGAGCACAUACUUAUUGUCCAAUAUUGCCAACUUGCACCCUUCUCCCAGUGGAGAAUGAUGACACCCCUUAUUUAAUCUAUUUCUGGUAUGCACAAUCCUCCCUUAGAAGGUGGGUGGGGCCUUCCUUUUCUGUGUCAUGAUCAACUUCACCCACUUACAGAUGGUUAGCUACUUUCAGGUGAAGUGGCUGAUUUAGCAUUUUGAGGAAAUAAAAAUACCAUUAUUGUCAAGGAGGGAUUAGGAAAUGUAUUUCCUCUGCCUUGUGAGAAACAACUGUUUGAAAGUCAUUGUCCCAUUAGUAAAACAAGACAUUGAUCAGUUGAAUAGUCUCUCUGUAAAGUGAAUGACAAAGUUAUUCUGUGACUUUAGGAAUACCCUUGGCUUUGCAAUAUACCUCUACCGUUAUGGUAAGAUACAACUGAUUUGGAUCUUGAGCUAGAAAUAUACCUCAGCACGACAUGGAAAACUACCACCUCCUGGUAUAUACAUCAGCACGACAUGGAAAACUGGUACCGGGAGACGACUGGUAGAUCGACACUUUAUAGAACAUCAGUUUUACUGGGGCACUCAGUCAUUUACCCACUCCUGGCAUCAGUCACUCAAUUUCAUUCCUGACAUCAAUUCACGUUUUAUUCAAUUCCCAUUAAGUUAUCAUAAUCAGCUGGUAAUCUACGUUUUCAAAUUGAGCAGAGUUUACAAUGUGACCGUACACUGUGUACUGGGGAGCUUCUAUACCACAUGUUGAAUGAAAAUGGUGCCGACUUUAAAUAAAAUUGACUUUCCUUUACGUAGAUCUUACAACUCUGUACAUGGCUUGCUGGGUUUGACAAUUAUCAUGGUGAUGGACCAUACAUAGGGGAGCUUCUACCAUGUGGAUGCUUCAACUCAGCAAGUUGUUUCUUGAUCUAGUAGUGACUAAGUCAGUGUUUAAGCCAAAUUGCAUUGGUUAGAUAUGUGUACAUGUAAAUAGUUGUGUUUGGGCAUAUGUAUAUAUAUAUAUAUAUACUUCAAUAAAUAUCAUCAAAACUGAU